CUGCAUGAAGGAGAUGAAUAUAGUGCCAGUCUAGCCUUAACCAGACAAAAUGAUAGAUAUAUUUUUAUGAUUAAUAGACUGGAGCCAGAAGCUGAUACUUUAUCUCUUAGCUAAAUUCAAGAAUUUGAUUGAACAGUGACACAUAUUGAAUUGGGAACUCAUGAGAAUUCUCCAUUGGAGAGUCCCAGGAAAGUGAGAUAGAUGUAGCUUGGAAAGAGGUAAAGAUAAACUGCAUUCCCUUACUAGCAAACCUUGUAUAUGGUAUAUACUUGUUGUGAGGUUGAGCCUUUUGCAACUACUGACCCUUAACUCAAUGACUAUUGUUGCAGCUCUUCUGUUCUGCAUGUGCUUUUUCCUUGUGGCUUCUUGUGAAGGCUGUAGUCUGGAUGAAGGAGAAGCACUUUUGAAGUUCAGGGCUGAUCUUGAAGACCCUUCGAGCUUUCUAUCAUCUUGGGUUGGACAAAAGGAUUGUUGUACAUGGUUCGGAGUCGUCUGUGAUAAAUUUACUAACCAUGUCACUGAGCUUCAUCUCGGAUGGCCUUCUUCUUGGCACGAUUCUAUGUUUAGUGGUAAGCUAAAUCCUUCAUUGCUUCAAUUGAAGUAUCUUAGCUAUUUAGACCUGUCAACAAUAAUUUUCAAGGGAUUCCUGUUCCAAGUUUUUGUGGCUCUAUGAGUAGUUUAAAGCACCAUUACCUAGAUGGAGCUAGAUUUGGAGGAGUAAUCCCUCAUCAACUAGGAAGCCUCUCAAAUCUGCAGCGACUAGCCUGCGGGUUGCUGGAGAUUAUGAGUUAUAUGCUGAUAGUUUGAAGUGGCUUUCUGGGUUUUCACUAAGAUACUUUGAUUUGAGUGAAGUCGAUCUUAGCAAUGCUUCUGACCGGUUGAACAUGAUCAACACACUCCAAUAUCUUUCAGUACUAUACCUUCAAAUUGUCCAAUCCGUCAUAGCCCUCCCCUUAAAAAUUUUACCUUUCUUCUUUGUCUGCUCUUAAUUUGUAUCACAAUCAAUUUGGUCAAACUUCAGUUCCUAGUUGGAAUUUACAUCUUCAGAGCCUUACUUACUUGAAUCUAGGAUUCAACUCUUUUGGUGGACUAAUUCCUGACCGACUUCAAAACCUUACUUCUCUGAGGAUAAUUCUCUUGCAUUUCAAUCGAUUCAAUCAUUCAGUAUCAAACUACUUCUAUAGGUUAAGUCAUCUUGAGAAACUCCAUCUAUACCGCAAUGAGUUGGAUGGUAAAAUCUUAAAUGAUGGCAUUGGAAACUUGUCUUCGCUUGUUCGCCUUGACAUGUCAUUCAAUCGUGGCCUUGAAUUUGGGAGCGGGGUCUCCAGAGUCGUUCAAAAGCUACUACCAUUUGAGGUCACUUGCUCUGGAACAUGUAAAACUGCAUCAAACUAUAUCAGAGUUGCUUGAAAUCUUUGGAGAUUGUGCUAAUUCCUUACAGGAAUUGUUGCAUAGUUGCCAGCUGUUAGGUCAGUUGACCGAUCAGAUUUGAAAUUUCAGGAGACUUUACCGUCUCAUCCUUGCAAACAAUUUCAGUUCUGGUUCACUUCCAAUGGCAUUCGAGAAAUGAAAUCUUUGAAUUAUGUAGACCUUGCAAGAAACAGUAUCAACAGGGCUAUUCCAACAAAUUUUGGGGCUCUUGCACAACUGCAUAAUGUGGAUAUCUCUGAGAACUCAUUGCAUGGUGUUGUUUACCCUGAAAUUCAUUUUGCCAACCUCGGAAAGUUGGCUUGCUUUUAUGCAUCUGGAAACCAUAUGGUGUUGAAAGCUAAACCAGAUUGGGUUCCUUCCAAACUACUUCAAGUAUUAGACGUAGAAUCCUGGUAUGUUGGACCCGAGUUCCCCAAUUGGUUCCGAAGUUUGUAGCAACUUAAGUAUCUUGAUCUAUCUAAUUCUGGAAUUUCGGAACCCAUUCCUGGUUGGUUCUGGAGCACAUUGUCUCAGUUAUACUAUUUGAAUUUCUCUCGCAACCAAAUCUCUUGAAGACUUCCAUGUCAUUCAUGUUGUUUGUCUGACAUCAUUGUUUGAUUUCAGCUUCGAUUGCCUGGAAGGUCCGUUGCCUACUAUCUCAACCAACUUAUCAUAUCUGGACCUUGCCAACAAUUUGUUUUCUGGGAACUUGUUCAAGUUUUUGUGUUUCAACACCCAUUAAAUGAGGUCUACAUAAUUUCUGAGCCUGUAUGGUAAUAGUUUGACUGGCGAGAUCCCAGAUUGUUGGAAGACUUGGAAGAAGUUGUCGAGUAUAAGGCUUGGUGGAAAUAAGUUCCACUACAAGAUUCCAAAGUCCCUUGCAUAUGUAAGUUCUCUCAAGUCUUUGCACCUUUAGAACAAUAGGUUGUCUGGUGCAAUUCCUCCAUCCCUCCAAAAAUGUUCCAGGUUAAAUGCAGUUGACUUGGGUGAUAAUGAAUUGGAAGCUAAGAUAGAAUGGAUGGGACAAAGCCUUUCAAGUUUGUCCAUUCUUAGUUUGCGUGGGAAUAAGCUUCAUGGCAGUGUACCUAAGUAGAUCUGCAACCUGCAACCUUUACGGAUCUUGGAUCUUUCUCACAACUCGCUCUGGUACGUAGCCAGAACAAUGAUACUUCAGACAUCAGUUGGCCCUUUGGUGGUCUGGGGAAAUCAUAUUUGGAUACUCAGAUUCUAGUGAGGAAAGUGCAGCUGUUGGAUUGCAGCACCAUACUGAACAAUGUCGUAAGUCUGGACAUCUCCUGGAUUAACUUGUCAGGAGAGCUUCCAAAACAGAUCAUAAACCAGGCAGCCCUUA